UAGCGACGGCCAUUUGUAGUAAGCGAUUCCUCCGAUCCGUUUCACGUCUUCUGCGCUGCAGUUAGGCUAUAGCGAUUUCAGAGGAGGGCGUAUGGACUAAGUCAGACGUAUUGCAGCACUUUUUUUAAAGAAAGAAAGGAAGGAAGACAUUCCCUUUUACCCCAUUUCAAUAACGGAUUACAUUUUGUAGUUGCGCGUAUUUUGUGUCCUUUGCGUUCUCUCAACAGAAGGCCUGUCAUUGAGAAGUGAGAGUCCUCUCACUGGUGCUAGACAGCGGCGAGCGCGGCAGCGGUUCCCCGAUGGCUGGGUGGAAGGAUGGGUCUGUGCAGGAGAAGUAUCGGCUGGUUGUCGUUGGAGGCGGUGGUGUCGGGAAGUCAGCAUUGACUAUCCAAUUCAUCCAGUCUUACUUUGUCACGGACUAUGACCCCACGAUCGAGGACUCCUACACGAAGCAGUGUGUGAUUGAUGAGAGAGCGGCUCGUCUGGAUAUCCUGGACACAGCAGGACAGGAAGAGUUUGGGGCCAUGAGAGAGCAGUACAUGAGAACGGGCGAGGGCUUCCUGCUCGUCUUCUCCGUCACCGACCGAGGGAGUUUCGAGGAGAUCUACAAGUUCCAGAGGCAGAUCCUCAGAGUGAAAGACCGAGACGAGUUUCCCAUGAUCCUCGUCGGCAACAAGGCGGACCUGGAGCUGCAGAGACAGGUGACUCAGGAGGAGGGCCAGCAGCUGGCCAGGCAGCUGAAGGUAACGUACAUGGAGGCCUCGGCAAAGAUCCGGAUGAACGUAGACCAAGCCUUCCACGAGCUGGUUAGAGUAAUAAGGAAAUUCCAGGAGCAAGAGUGCCCACCCUCACCAGAGCCCACUCGCAAAGAGAAGGACAAGAGCGGCUGCCAUUGUGUGAUCUUCUGACUGGCUCCUUCCCAUUUUCACACGCUCACCCAAGCUGCUGUCACCAGACCCCACCCCCUUGCCUUCUUACAUCACAUCCUGUGUGGAAGAGUGCUGCCUCCCACACCUGCAUGACUCAGAACGACGGCCUCUACAGCAGCCUUAACCUGGAGGCGCCGACCAGGGACUACACUAGAGGACAAACAAGGCAACCUGAAACUGGCAUCCAGACUCCACACACAUGCACACAAAUCACCAUCCUGACAGGCAUACCAAACACACUAAUCACUGCUUCUUAAAAAAACAACAAAACAAAAAAACAUUUUUUGUAUGUUGAACUUUUUAAUUGCCUUGACAUUUGUCUUAGUGACAUAUCUUUGGACAAUGGGGGGCGAUGAUGAUGACGAAACGCACUCGCGGAAUGUCAGAUUUUAAAAAAUGUAUGUUUUUAGCUACAGGUGUUUUGGUCUUACGGACUGAGGUCGUUUAAUCAAGCUUUUGAGUAUGUCACGCCAUGUUGGUUUCUACUUACAUGUGCUAAUCUGCUACUGUACAUAAGUGGAAUUUGUUGUGAUUAUAGAAGUGCAUCUAAUGAAUUAAAUUACUGAAGUACAGCGAGUGAGGUUGACAAGCUUGGUUUGAAAUACAUUACAAAAUUAUAUACAUGUAAGUAUGAAUAAAUGUAUGAAUGUAUGUACGUACGUGCACAAACAGCCAAAAAAAAGAAAGUGAUGCCAAGUUUAUGUUCUGUUGUAAGCGAAAAUUUCCACCUUUGUGUCUUUGAGUGCAGUUGUCUCAGUGGUCACAUCCGAUCGGUCUACUGUAUAUCUCCUUCACUUGUUAACACUGCCACAGCGUAUGUAACGGUGUAGAGUGAGCUGGUCAUGUGUAAUUCCGGAUGGCUCGGAACUGUGCACGUCUCAGCCUUUGCCUCUGUUGGAACUCGCAGAUUCACCAAGCCAAAAAAAAAAAAAAAAAAGCAAGAAGGAACUGCCAUUAUGCUGAAGAUUAAGAGCGAUUAUAUUUGAGAAACCUCAUUACCACUGCGCACAGAGCACAACAAAGACCACAAAUUAUUCGGUUCCUUUUGGGUAUCAUAAUUUAAAUGAAUCCACCCCCCCAUGUUUUAACGAUUUUUAAUUGAUGUUCAGUUUUUAAUUUCUCUUGCGGGGGUAAGCGCAUGUAUUUUGUUUAUAGGGGGAAAACUGUCGCUGUUGAAGCCGACACGUUUAAAAUGGUUUACACUUAUAGAGUCAGCAAUCGGUUAACUGAAAAAAAAGUGUGUGGGCUUUAAGAGCAGUUACGGAUGUGGAUUUUGGUUUGGUCUGAUGUGAGGUGGGAGUGGUUCUGUUGGGUCCGGGUCAUGAUAGACUGACUCAAUGCAUCACCUGCUAACCGCAAAAAAAAAAAUCCAUCAGUGGCCAAUUCUGACCUAAAUGUUUUUCAUUAGGGUUCACAUCACUAUUAAAGAGGGCUUUUGUUUGUUUUUGA